AUGGGGGAUGGACAAAGUGAAACUAAACCAUUACUUAGAGAUGAGGAGGUAAAUGUCAGCACAAUAUCUCCAAUUGGACCUGACGAGCUUCCUCCGCCGUACCAGCAAGCGGGAAUGCCGAUGGUAACAUGUCGCGUGUGCCAGGCUAUGAUCGACAUAUCAGGGAAGAGAGAACAGCAUGUUGUCAAAUGUUCAGAAUGCAAUGAAGCCACGCCUAUUAGGAAUGCUCCACCAGGCAAGAAAUAUGUGCGCUGUCCUUGCAACUGCUUGUUAAUUUGCAAGUCAUCGUCACAGCGCAUUGCAUGCCCUCGUGCAGACUGCAAGAGGAUCAUCAACUUGGCACCAUCUCCUGUAACUCCUCCUGUUGCUACCUUGCCAGGAAUGUGCAGGGUUAUCUGUGCUCACUGUCAAGACACGUUUCUGUAUCAACUGCUGAAAGACGCUCCUGUGCGAUGUCCUCACUGCCGUAAGGUGUCGUCGGUGGGCGCGCGCGUGGCUCGUAAGCGCGGAGCCAUAUUCGCAGUGCUGUCGCUGGUGUUUCUCGCUAUCGCUCUAGGCGUCACGCUGGGUACGCUCUCUGCUGCUAAGAGCCACGGAGGUGGCAUAUAUGUGGCGUAUGUUGGCGGCUUCCUCCUCGCUCUAAUCCUGGGCAGUCGAGCUGUCUACUACUUUGCUAUGAAAGUGAGUACUAUUGAAGGCCCUAUGUAA